CAUCGCCCCCUUCGUCUCCAAGUAGUCAUGCGGAUGGAAACAGAUCCGCGCAUCCGCGGUGGUUCAAUCCAAGACGAAGAAAGUUGUGGCAAAGAUGCACGAAGAGGUUGGCGGCGAGGAGAGCUCUAACCAGGACCAGGAUUCGGUUAUUCUCUCCUCCAAGGCCGUGGACGCGCCCGAACCUGGAUCACCUAAGGACCCUGCCAAGAAACUAUGUGGUUAUUUGAAUAAACUCGCCAGCAAAGGGCCGAUGCGGGGUUUUAAACCUCGCUGGUUUGUUUACGACGAGAGGAAAUGUUACUUGUAUUACUUCAAGACUCCCCAGGACGCGCUGCCGUUGGGGCACAUUGAAAUUGGCGAUGCCUCAUUCAGCUAUGAUUUGGAGGGCGACGAGGGGCAGUUUGAGAUACGCACUGCAGGAAAAGAGUUUAUUCUCAAGGCAUCUAAUCGUCAGGUGAUGCACUACUGGCUCCAGCAGUUGCAGCAGAGGCGUUGGGAGUUCAGUAACAGCAGAGGAUCAGGACAGAGAGACAGCUGGCUGUCCCCCACCUUCCUGCCCUCCACCUCUGGCCUGGUGGCUAAGGACCCAGAUGCCUUUGUGUUUGAGAAGCCCAGUCUCUCUGACAGUGUAGAGAGGGUCCGCAGUGACUUCGCAGUGGAAACGGACACGAAUGGACUGGUUGGUGUUCACUCCGCGCAAAGCUCCUCCCACCACCCUGCCAAUCCCCGAAACUUCACACUGAAGCUGGGUCAUUGGAGCACAGAGAUCAAGAACUCCAUGUCAGGUUUGCGUGUGGGUCGCGUUGGAGGGGAGAACAGACGGAGUGUCUUCUAUACAGAGAACAGUUGUGGUUCUGAGGACUGGGAGAUGGUGGACCCUCCCUCAGCCAAAGACAUCAUCCAGGACAACAAAGCUCCUCUGAACCAAACCAAGCCACAGACUGACACACACAGACACUCCAUUGGGUCGCCAUUUUCCUUUGACUUUGGGCGGAGCCACAACUCUUCGCUGCGGUCCAAGCGGCCCACUCUACGGGACAUGAUGCAUUCUGGGAAGUUGGUGCGCAGCACAGAGAGCCCCUCCCAAGGGUCCCUCCCACUCGAGUGUGACGGUAGCCAGACCAGUGAACUGCAGCUCCGCCUCCAGAGCCAGGAACAGGAACUGACACGACUCCGUCAGUCAAACAAAACACUCACUGAGGAGCUGGCCUCUCAGAAGGAGUUGGUGAGGCUGCUGCAGCAAACUCUGAGGACAACCCAGAGAGAAAUACGACCACUCUCAGUAUCAACCCCAGCAACUCCAAACCCAGUGUUAAGCCCAGACAGUCCUGCCCUAGACCCAACCCCUGUGUUAACCCCAGUAUUAGGGCCUGCCCUAGAACCAACCUCAGUGUUAACCCCAGUACUACAACCUGCCCCAGGAUCAACCUCAGGGAGUCCUCCCUCAGACCCAGCCCCUGGCCGAGCUCCUCCCUCAGACCCAGCCCCUGGCCGAGCUCCUCCCUCAGACCCAGCCACUGGCCGAGCUCCUCCCUCAGACCCAGCCCCUGGCCGAGCUCCUCCCUCAGACCCAGCCCCUGGCCGAGUUCCUCCCCCAGAACCAGCCCUUGGCCGAGCUCCUCCCCCUGUCCCAGCUCCAAGACAAUGUUCAACCCCAUGGUCAGUCCCAGCCCCGAACCCAGAGGUCCCCCAGCAGGAUUUAGCCCAGAUGGAGGACCUCCUCAUGGAGAGGGACAGCCAGGUCCAGGCCUUGUGUGGCCACAUGGAGCGUCUUGUCCUGGAGAAGGAGAGCCUGCAGAGAGAGCUGAAGGGUCUGAAGGUUAAGGUUGGCGAAAUCAACGAACAGUUGGGCAUGUUGAUGGAAACCAUCCAAGCUAAGGAUGAGGUCAUCAUUAAACUGUCCCAGACACCCCCACCGGGAGCCGACGGGAACGCCCCCCUGCUCCAGGACUGCAACAUAGCACCAACCCCUGCCAGCCAGCAAGAGAUGGACAAACUCAAGGACAUUCUCCAGGGCUAUAAAUCCCAAAACAAGUUCCUGAACAAGGAGAUUUUGGAGCUCACUUUUCUACGGAGGAAUGCUGAGACCCGGGAGAAAACUCUGGAAGCUAAGUACUCUGCGUUGGAGGCAAAGCUGUGUCAGGUUGAGAGCAAGUAUCUGGUACUGCUCCAAGAACUGAGGAACCCAGUGUGUUCCGCUUCCGACCAGAGUCCCGCCAGGGAUGUCAUCUCCAGACUGGUGGAGGAUGCUCUACAGGUGGACAACUCUGACCCUGCAGAACAAACCAUCUUUAAACCACAUCCUGUCAGUGAGUAUGACGUGUUUGGCUUCAAGACAAUGCCAGAGGAAGAUGAUGAGGAGGAGAAGCUGGUGGCCAAGGUGAGGGCUCUGGACAUGCGCUCCCUCUCUCUAACAGACCAGGAGGUGUCGGUGGGGGUGAAGUGGGAGAAUUAUCUGGCGUCUACUAUGAAUAGGGACAUGGUACGCUGCCCUGAACUCAAAGCCCUGAUGAGGAGUGGGGUUCCCCAUGCCCACCGUUCCAAGGUCUGGCGUUGGUGUGUUGCCUUCCACACCAAGAAGUUUAGAGACAUCCUUGCUCCUGACUACUAUGAGACCUUACUGGGCGUGGCCAGAGACAAGCCUAAUCCCGCCUCCAAACAAAUAGAGCUGGACCUGCUCAGAACGUUACCUAACAACAAACACUACUCCUCCCCAAGCGCCGACGGAAUACAGAAACUACGCAACGUUCUACUAGCUUUCUCCUGGAGGAACCCAGAUAUCGGAUACUGCCAGGGUCUUAACAGGUUGGCAGCCAUUGCUCUGCUGUAUCUGGACCAGGAAGAUGCCUUCUGGUGUCUCAUCACUAUUGUAGAGGUCUUCAUGCCGCGGGAUUACUACACCAAGACCCUGCUGGGAUCCCAGGUGGACCAGCGUGUCUUUAAGGACCUCCUGAGUGAGAAGCUGCCGCGUCUCCAUGCCCACUUUGACCUCUACAAGGUUGACUCCUCCCUCAUUACCUUCAACUGGUUCUUGGUCCUAUUUGUAGAUAGCGUGAACUCCGACCUCCUUUUCAAGAUCUGGGACUCCUUCUUGUACGAGGGACCCAAGAUCAUCUUCCGCUUUGCUCUCGCUCUCUUCAAGUACAAAGAGGAGGAGUUUCUGAAGCUCCAGGACUCCAUGGCCAUAUUCAAGUACCUCCGCCACUUCACCAGAACUAUUCUAGACUGGAGGAAGUUGAUGAGCAUGGCGUUUGUGGACAUGAAUCCAUUCCCACUGCGUCAGAUCCAGAACCGGCGGACCUUCCAUCUGGAGAAGGUCCGGUUGGAGUUGACUGAGCUGGACACCAUCCGGCAGACCUUCCUCAGACAGAGAGACACCACGCCCUCCGACGCCCGCACUCUGGGCAGUGACGAUGACGAAGAGAACUAGUCAACCGGUGCCCAGGCUGACGAGGGUAACAGAAAGCCAAUCAAGGCCCAGGGUUGUGUAAUUUAAGCCAAUCGGAUCAGGUUCCGGCACCUGCUUGCUCCAGCCUAUCUGAUCCCAAGCCUGUCUUUCCAUACCGAACAGACAUUAUUCACAUUCCCUUUCUCAGACAUUUCAUGCAUCAACCAAUGGUUGCUUGCCACAUCACGCAGAUGUACUGAUCGCUGUUUAGCCUGACAUGUUCAGGGGACUGGUAAAAUAUCCAUCAAUGUGUUGUUAGAUCUCUCUAUCGCCAGCAGCAUCAAUGCAGAGGUCUUUAUGUUGUGUGUCAGUUUUUCUUUCCCAGUCUGGACCUUUCUUUUCUACGUUCCUCAUGCUGAGCACUGAAGGACCAAAUUCUGUUCCUCCUAGUGUUUCGUCAGUGCCAUAAUUGCUGCUGUUUGUUUGUUCUGGCUGAGGUACAUGAGCUGAGAGGUUGUGGUGUCGGCAAUCUAAUUCUGUCCCCAGCCAUACAGCUGUGAUUGCAGACCUGAUGGUUUUGAAUCAAUUUGAGUCAUGCUAUUCAGAGAAGAAUUAGCCAUUGUAUUUUCUAUUUUUUUCAGAACACAUUUUUCUAUCGCUUCUCCCAUAUCCAUCACAUAUGAUAUAUGGGUUUCUUAUAAUGGUUAACAGACUAGUUGAGCAAUGAUCAAUAUAAUAUACAGUAGAUGGCUUCCACUGUAGAGUCAAGGAUUUCCCAGAUACCUGGAUAUUCAGAUAGGUCCUGGUGUUUUGUAGCCCUGCUCCUACACUUUGUCUCGCACUUCAACAUUCUUGCCUGAAACGUCUGUUGAUUUAAGUUCACUUGGAAACAUUGAUUCAAUUAUAGUGUAAUUCCAAACUCAUAAACAUGAUUGGAGAAUUUUCCUACAAUUAACUUUAGACCUUCAAUUGAGGCUGGACUAAAGACCUUCACAAUUUACUGGUCUGUAGACCUUCACAAUAGACUGGAAUGUAGACCUUCACUAUAGACUGCAUCUCUGGACUGUAGACCUUCAAUAUAGACUUGACCUUCAUUCUAGAUCACAAGACUGGUAUUGAAGAGAUUUACAACCAACUGGAGUAUAGACCUUCACUAUAGACUGGGUUGUAUAACAUUCAAUAUAGACCUUCACUGUAGACGGGGUUGUAUAACAUUCAAUCUAGACCUUCUAUACAAUAGACUGCAUCUCUUGACAAUAGACCUUCAGAAUUAGACAUUUCUGGACUGGGCUUUCCCUAUAUAAUGUUUCUCUGGACUGUAGUCCUUUACUAUAGACUGGACUAUAGACCUCUAUAUACUUGACUGUAGACCAUCACUAUAGACUGGACUAUAGACCUCUGUAGACUACACUGUAGACCGUCCUCUAUAGACUGAACAGUAGACCAUCACUAUAGACUGGAAUAUAGACCUUCUCUGUAGAUUGGACUGUAGACCUUCACUAUAGACUAUUUCCAAGCUGUUGACCUCAAACUUUCCUCUGUUCUCACUAUUAAGUGCUGUUCUUUAAAUAUAUGUCUUACCUCCAGAAGGCAGCAUGACAUCAUCAGAGGAUGUUGACAACAAUGCACAGCUUCACGACCCAUUGCCGUUAUAUCACAUCACCAUCACAUCAACGCUGUUUGUAUAAUAACAUAUAAGUAUGGUAAUGUGUUUAUCAAAAAGAAUGUAUUAGAUUGGAAGUUUCACAUUUCAUAAGGGAAUCUAGUCUGUUCAUUGCUAUUUUUUUUUAAAUAUUUACAUGUUCCCUAGGCUUUCACAGUACGAUUAAAUGUUGUUAAUAUUUGCCAUGUUUCUGCGUAUCUAUGUAUUUGUUCAUGUCCUUGAUUUCUGACUCGUCCUUCUGUUUAUCACAGAGUGGCGUAUAGUUGUUUUCUAGCUGUACUGUCAGAGGGGUUGUGUGGGCUGAGAGCUGGUUUCUCCAACCACUCAGAUCUCUAUUUGACAUGCUGUAUCCUUGCCUCCUGUUCCCUAGGUUUCACUUGCUGUUACCUUACCAACAUCUUAAUUACUACACAUGAUUGUAAAGAGUAGACCCCUUUUAUUUUUCUGUUCUGUUGCUUGACCAUUUAGGUAUUCUGCAUAUUUGUUGGCUGAUGUCAUGUGUUUGGGAUUGUGUUCUAUUGUCAUGGCUUGUCUCUAUUCACAGUUAAUUAAGCUAACGUUCCAUAUUUUAUCGUCUUUUUUUUCUUGACACUUAAUAUCAAGGUUUGUGUUUGUUUGUUUUUGUGUGUGUGGGUCUCCCAGCCUCUAACUCUCCUAUUAAAGGAUAUGCAUUGCACAGUGCUGCACAUUUAAUGACAGAAACCAUCAGGUUACUUUUUCUUUCAUCUAUGGUAUGAAUUUAGAAAACAUUCCACAUUAUGGUUUUUUGUUCGCUACGGAAAUCCGAUCACAACAUGUAAUCAAAACAUUUUAAUGUUUAAAAUCAGUGGCAUGAUUAUGAACACCCAAUAAAGUUUGUUGUAGCUUA